AUGCAACUUGCACGUUAGAUAAAUAUUAACUAAGGGAUAUAAAAAUUUAAUGGAGAUGAAAAAUAAUAUACAAACAUGCUUUUAACUUUUGACAAAAUUACAGUUGACGACAGUUUAUCAAAAAUAUAUAUUUCAAUUCAGAGAGAAUAAUAAAAUAUAAAAUAGACUGUGAGAGAAGUAUUAAAUUUAUAGUAAAGUGCAGAUACGGUGUCAGCAGUAGGUUUAAGCUAAUGCUGCAGAGAAUUUAUAACAUAAAUAAAUCAAUUAUAAGAUGUUAAAGACCUAUUUUUUCGUUCUUUGAUCCUCUUAGAUUAAUUUAUAGAAAAGGUUUUAGAGUUUAAGGAUGAAUUGAAACGAGUCUCUUAAAGAGAUUAUUUUGAUAACACUUAAAUAGCAAAAGGUAUUUAGCAUGAUAUACGCCUUACAAUUAUCAGCAUGAAUGAGGAAUAAAAUCAGCUUCAUCAAUCAAGAAUGGUGCAAUAUUCCUAAAAUUUUUAUCUAAAUAACUCUUAUUCACAACUAGGAGCUAAUUAACUUCUUUCGUAGCAAUAAACUAUAGAAUAAUAAAAUCAAAAUUAUUCUUAUUUUAUGAAUCUUAACAGAGAAAAGGAAUAGAUAAAGAAUAACAUACAAAUGGAAGCAAAAUCUUUAAAUGCAAGCAGAGUUUUAUAUCCUGAGAAUAAUGUUUCUCAAUCAAUCAGAGUAAUACCUAAUUAAAUUUAAUAUGAAGAAGGUUACUCAGAUUAGUAAAUAUAUAGUACUCCCUAACGCAGAAGACUACUAUAAAACUUUAAUAAUGAUGGAUAAAUUGUAGAGGAUCAUGGAGAGUAGGAAGAUUGUAAAUGUUAUAUAUUCUGA